GUCUGUCGAAGUCUGUCAACAGUCAUGAAGGCACGCGUGAACAAUGAUUCGAAUGGACAGCAAUCAAAAGACGGGAAUGAGAAAAAUCGGAACAAUGAAAAGAAACCAUUCGACAAAAAGAAGUAUAGGACACAAAAAUACAGUAACAAAUACAAAAUUAAUCAAUGGGAGGAACGCAGGAAGAAGGCAAUUUUACGCGAUUAUUACAAGGAGCUCGAUAAGAGCCAACGAGAUUCCAAGAAGCCACUUUCACUGAAGGAUGGUGAUCAGGAUAAAAAUGAUAAACAAAUGCAGGUGAAGAAAAUUAGUGCUUUCCAUAAAGCCAAAAAGGAGUUCUUGCGAAAAAAGGAUGAGAAAAGAGAAAGAAAAGAGGAAGCUAUGCGAGUAAAAUCAGAACGGGAAGAGGCACUCAAGAAAUACAAGCAAAAAAGAAUGCAAACUUAUAAGAAACUGUCAAAGAAAACAAAAAAGGGACAACCUGUAAUGAAAGACAGAUUAGAAAUGUUGUUGGAAAAAAUACAGCAACAGAUAUCAGACUAGUACUUUGAAGCAAUUCACAUGAUUCACACAAUACCAAAUUUUGUAUUUUAAAGCUAAUGCAAUGUUA